AAAAAAAAAAAAACAAAACACUAAAGAAGAACCCCCUCGUGAUUCGUGCUUACUUUCAGUAAUCCUAUAAUUUUCUUCUCAGAUAAUCGAAUUAAAUUGCUGGGGAAUUUGAUUUUCAGAUCAUUCUUGAAGAUUCUCUUUUGAUACCAGAUAUGGUUGCUGAAUCUUGGUUUCGCAAUUUCUGGAAAAAUUGUAAAAAGUAUGAGGGUGGUGGUAAUCAAAAGGUGCUAGUCGGCGUUCUAGCAUUUGAAGUUGCAAGCUUAAUGUCUAAACUGGUUCAUGUUUGGCAAUCUCUGAGUGAUAAGCAGGUUGCUAGAUUGAGGGAUGAGAUAAUGAACUCGGUUGGUAUCAAAAAGCUAGUUUCGGACGAUGAUUCCUCUAUUGCAAGGUUGAUGUGUACAGAGUUGGUUGAAAACUUAGGACAUGUGGCAAUUGCUGUUUCUAGGCUUGCCAAAAAAUGCAACGACCCUUUCUUGAAGAGUUUUGAGCAAGCCUUUAAUGAUCUGCUAAAAGUUGGUGCUGAUCCGUACGGGUGGCAACUUUCGUGGAAGAAGAUGGAUAGGAAAGUUAAGAAGAUGGAACGAUUUAUUGUGAUUAAUGCAAAUUUAUAUCAAGAAAUGGAGAAUCUUUCUGAUCUUGAACAGACAUUGAAGAGAUUGAAGGGAAAUGAUGAUGCAGAUAGCAUUACUCUCGUUGAAUACGAGAAGAAGCUUGCGUGGAAGCAGCAGGAGGUGAAGCAUCUUAAGGAUGUUUCUAUUUGGAAUAGGACUUAUGAUUAUACAGUCCGUCUUCUGGCGAGAUCCUUGUUUACUAUAUUUAGUAGGAUCGGGCAUGUGUUUGGAGUUGAUCCUGCGGAUGAGAGGACUAAAACAUCAAGAGAACUAGAUUCUGAUCAAAUCCAUCGUAGCCACUCAGUUGCUUAUGCCCAAUCAACUGUUCACCCGUCUGAAACAGGCUUGACUAGAUUUUCCUCAGAACCAGUAGAAAGUAUCCUUUCCAAAUCUGGGCCAAUCUCGGGCACAAGAAACAUUAACAAUUCUUAUUCAGGUCCCCUGAAAAGUUCAACUUCAACGGGAAGCCCGGUCCCUGGAAGACAUUCUUCUGUUGGCUUCUAUUCGGGUCCUCUGGGAAGGUCAACAACAAAAUCUGGGCCGCUCCCUCUAUUCAAUAAAUCCGGCAUGAGGUGGUGGAAAUCUCGUGAUCGUUCAGGAAAUUUACAUGGAAAAGGUCCAAAUCAAAAGCAUUCUCGACUGACCUCUACAGGUCCGCUAAAAGGCUGCAUGAUGAUCGGGAACGGUUCUCCUGUAGGUAAUUGCUAUCUAGAUCCACAAGGAUUUCAUUCUGGUUUUCUCAGUGCAACGAAAGGAGCUAAUGUAAAUGGACAUGUUGAUGGCUAUUCAACUUGCUCUUAUCUGACAAGUUAUAAUGCGAAAAAAAGGUUGUUAAACGCUCCUCCGGAAACUCUUGGAGCUGCUGCCUUAGCACUGCAUUAUGCAAAUGUCAUUAUCGUGAUUGAGAAACUAGUGGCAUCUCCUCACUUGAUUGGACAUGAUGCAAGAGAAGACCUGUACAACAUGCUACCGGUUAGUUUAAGAGGAGCCCUCAGGGCAAAACUAAAGCCAUUCGCCAAGAGCUUGACGUCGUCCGUUUAUGACACGGUUCUUGCUGGAGAAUGGAAUGAAGCAAUGAUGGGGAUUCUAGAAUGGCUCGCUCCGCUUGCUCAUAACAUGAUAAGAUGGCAAUCCGAGCGGAGCUUUGAGCAUCAGAACUUUGUUUCAAGAACGAAUGUCCUGCUCGUACAAACCCUUUAUUAUGCAAAUCAAGAGAAGACAGAAUCAGCAAUUACAGAGCUGCUCGUCGGUCUGAACUACAUAUGGAGGUACGGAAGGGAAGUGAAUGCAAAAGCAAUAGAGGAAUGUGCUAGUGCUAGAAUGAUGUUUAAUGAUGAUUACUUGGAUGAGUGAUUUUGGCUUUGAACGGUUGGAGUUUAGAAACCGGCCAAUGGCAAAAUGCUUCUCUUCAGAAGCAAAUCACAAGACGUCUCCGCCUGGUUUUUCUCAGUUUCUGCUGAUUCGAGCUACUCUGGGGAUCAUAUUCCAUGAGAUUCUUUAUUCGUUAAAAGGGCGACGACUACUGCUGGAAUGCAACUUUAAGCUUCUAAACAUUUUUUCAGGUCAGUAAGUGAUGACCAUUUUUCUAUUUUGCCAGGAAAACUUGGAUCUCAUUCGACAUAUCAGAGUCCACGCUAUAAAUUAAAUGUCUUGUUAUUUGAUAAAUGUAUAGAAUUAGUUGAGGUUGUUUCUAGCUUUGUAAAUUUACAUGGCAAAGGCUUUCCCUUAAUAUAUAAACAAUGAAGGUUUGGGGCGUAGUUUGUUCAUGUACUUUCCAAUAUUAUGAAGCGUGAGAGUUUCAGAAUUA